CACCGGAAACAGUUUGUCGACGUCAGCAGCAAUCAUGGCGUCCACCGCUGCGACCCGUACAGCUGCGGGGGCUGCUAGAGUUGUCAAACCGAUUUUUAGCCGGGAUUUGGAUGAAGCAAAACGCAGGGUUCGGGAACUGUACCGAGCCUUCUACCGGGAGGUUCCGAACACGGUGGCCAUGUUCCAGCUGGACAUCACCACACGUCAAGGAAGAUCCAAAGUGAGGGAGUUGUUUGACAAAAACAAGCAUGUGACCGACCCCCGAGUGAUCGAUAUGUUAGUGAUUAAGGGGAAAAUGGACCUACAGGAGAUGAUCCACGUCUGGAAACAGAAGACCCAUGUGAUGCGCUAUUUUCAUGAGAGUGAGGAUCCUCGACCCGCUGACUUCCUGUCCAAAUUCUACAAGGGUCACGACCCAUGAACUCUGCAGCUGCCUGCUGACCUCUUUGCUUGUGUCCAGCGUGAAUCCUGUUUCCAUUUAUUGUAAAUACACCCUUAAAAUUCAAAUCA